UCGCAGGUCUCCAGUGACGAUAAUGUGAUCCUCAGCUAAGGCAGUGUUGGGUUUCUCCUCAGUAAAGCCGACCUCGCUCACCUGUUCACCGUUACCUGGUUACCCUCAUCACUAAUUCAGCAUUCAGGACCAAGCACGGGACAAACUCGUCUGUCCCAGCCGGACGGCAUGCAGAAAGGCUCUGAGAGGAAGAAGCUGGAGCAGGAGCCGAUGCUGAACGGAGAGGCCAUGAGCCCACACACGCAGGAACCCAAAAACUCAACAGGAGAAGAGGAGAACCAGGUGACUCCUACGGCACCACCGUUACCUCCAUCUCCUCCUCCUGCACCAGGACCGCCGCCAUGCCCCAGGCCCAGACUGGUGUUCCACACACAACUGGCUCAUGGAAGCCCCACAGGCCGCAUCCAUGGCUUCACCAACGUCAAGGAGCUCUAUGCCAAGAUAGCUGAGGUCUUCGAAAUUUCUCCAUCUGAGAUCCUCUUCUGCACCCUGAACUCCCACAAGGUGGACAUGCAGAAGCUGCUGGGUGGACAGAUCGGCCUGGAGGACUUUAUCUUUGCUCAUGUUAGAGGAGAGACUAAAGAGGUGGAGGUCACCAAAACAGAGGACGCCCUUGGCCUGACCAUCACAGACAAUGGCGCAGGAUACGCUUUCAUUAAGCGAAUAAAAGAGGGCAGCACUAUUGACCAGCUAAAAUCAGUCUGUGUGGGUGACCAUAUCGAGGCCAUUAAUGACCAGAGCAUAGUUGGAUGUCGUCACUAUGAAGUUGCCAAGAUGCUUAAGGAGCAGCCGAGAGGAGAGCCCUUCACACUCAGACUAGUGGGACCCAAAAAGGCUUUUGACAUGAUUGGCCAGAGGACACGGGCGCCCAAGUCCAGCGAGGGCAAAAUGGUCAGCGGGAAGGAGACUCUUCGUCUGCGCUCGAAAGGGACAGCGACCGUUCAGGAAGUGCCCAGUGAGUUUGAGGAGAAGGCCAUAAAGAAGGUUGAUGAUCUUCUAGAGAGCUACAUGGGUAUCCGGGAUCCAGAACUUGCAACUACCAUUGUGGAGGCCGGCAAAGACAAGAAAAACCCAGACGAUUUCGCAGAAGCUCUUGACUCUGUGCUGGGGGAUUUUGCCUUCCCUGAUGUCUUUCUGUUUGAUGUAUGGGGAGCCCUGGGGGACGUAAAAAAUGGAAGAGUUUAGAAGCAGCAGAUUGGGUUUUUAACCUUACUCACUCACAUUUUCUUUCUUAUAGUAUCUUUAGAUCUGCAGGCUACUGUCAAGAUCAGCUGCUCAUUUCAAACCUGAUCUUCUUCUGAAGUGUUAAUAUUUCUCAAAGCUUGUGAAUAAAACUACCUUCCCCUUCUUUUAAAGAAUCCACAAAUCAAGAUGAGAAGAGAUGGUACAGAACUUACUUUCGUUUCAUACACAGUAUUUGUUUUUAUUGUGAAAUGGUUGAAAUCUGAACAGUGUAGUGGUCACUUGAACACUGUGCUGGUUAUAAUCCAACCAGAAGCACAGAUAAAGAUAUAAAGGCAUUACUUUUUUUGGAAGCAAACAAAACUAGAUUUUCACAUGAAGGGAACAUUAAACAGACCACACAGUUUCAGGCACAGCUUGGACCUUCAAUCAAAAGCUGUAGUGAUAAAGCAUUCCAAUUCCCAGUGUUGAACUUUAAAAACUGGAAGUCGUAACAUAAUGCAUUCUACAGAUUUCCUCAAAAAUCCGGCUGUUCUCUUGAGACAAUGUUGAUCAGCAGCCAGCGAAUGGAAAGCACCAUAAGUCAAUUCACAAAGCCUACAUAACCACAAUAGUCAUUUAAGUGGGAGGAAAUGUCUGAGGACUGAAAACUUUUUAGUGGGGAAAAAGCCAACAUGCUUUCGAUUUCUAUUAGAACAGUUUUGAAAAUCUGGUUCAAGGAAAAACACUAAAAUCGAAACUUAUAGGGAUGGCCCAAAUAAUUUGAUCACUCAAAUGAAUAAGUAUUUGUUUUAUUUAGUAUCUGGAAGGUUCACACAUAAUUGCAAUCAAUAUCAUCACUAUAAGCCUGAAUAUAAGAAAAAAUACUCAUUGUAAACAAAAAUAUAUAUAUAUAAAUUUAAAUGUAUCAUAUACUCAUGCCAGAAAUCCAUCCACAUGACCUGGUCUUAUGAGUGCUACACUGAAUGCACCACUUUCUAUGGGGCCACUGAAGCUAAAAAACAGUGUAGAUAGUUUCUUGGAUAAAAAGAAAAAUGCUCAAAAUUGAACAUGAAAUGUAUAACUAUACCAUAGAAAUUAUGACAAUAUGUCAGAUAUAUGUUAACAUGGUGAUCCUCACCCAAAAAAAGUACAUAGAGUUUCAUACAAUUACAACUGUUUCCAGUUCAUUCACACUAUCAGCACUAGAAUCUUCUGAGACACUGCUGUUGCCUUCUGUGUCUGUUUCAACUGCAGUAAAGAUCAUACACUAUUUUACUGAUUUUAAGAAUGAUUUUAUGUAUUGGGUUAGUCUUUCAUAAACAGCAGUUCUCAGAGUAAACAUUUUCAAAAUCUGUAAAAUGUAUUGGCCAGACUUAGAUCUUUACUAAACAACUCUGAAUCAGUUUCUCUGAUUUUGCUAUUUAUAGAUUUAUGUUUGAGUAAAAUUAACAGUUAUUUUAUUCUAUAAACUACAAACAACAUUUCUUCCAAAUUGCAAAUAAAAAUAUUGUCAUUUAGAUAAUUUAUUUGCAGAAAAUGAGAAAUGGCUAAAAUAACAAAAAAAAAAAUGCAUUCAGACCUCAAACAAUGCAAAGAAAACAAGUUCAUAUUCAUACAGUUUUAUAUUUACAGUUGGAAUAACCCUGGUUUUUAAUCACAGUUUUCAUGCAUCUUGGCAUGUUCUCCUCCACCAUUCUUACACACUGCUUUUAGAUAAUUUAUGCCACACCUGGUGCAAAAAUUCAAGCAGCUUGCUUUGAUAAUGUGAUCAUCCAUCUUCCUCUUGAUUAUAUUCCAGGUUUUCAAUUUGAUAAAAUCACACAAACUCAUCCUUGGUCUCCUUUUUUCAGAGCUGUUUAUGGGAAAUUAUAUGCUGUUCGUACCUUUUUAAAGGGGUAAACUCAAAAUCAGCAGGGCAUCAAAUAAUUAUUUUCUCCACUGUAUUUACUCAUCUUUUAUCAAACUGUCCACUACUGAGUUUCUGAGUUCUUCUAUGGCAGCAAUCUAUCCCCUCUUUUUGGGACAUUUAUUUUUUAAAGUAUUGUAUUCAAAAACUCAUUAUUGAUGACUAAAUAUUCCUGAAUAAGUGUUUGACCUUAAGGUUUGUCUACUUGCUCACAAAUGAAGGUCUUCAUCUCCUAUGUAGAUAUUUCAUAUGUUAAAAGUAAAACUGCUGAUCUGUUAUGAUAUAUGGUCUUGUAAUGUUCAUGUUUUGUGUAUAUAAUAUGAAACUGAUGCAGUAGUGGUGGUCUGAAUUACACAUUAGCAUUAGCAAGUGUGAUUUGAAAUUGACAGAAAGUGUCAAUUGAGAACCAUCAUUAGAGCUGUGAUGUAGUGAUUCUCUGUAUUUUAAAAGAACCGCAAGUUAAAAAUUUUGAGACUUUUAAAGAGUUUUUAAUACUCAAACAUCUACAACUUUAUUACAAACAGGGUUCUUUGAGGAACCAACCGUGGUUCUCCUAUGGCAUCAUUUAAAGAACCAUCUGAAGCAUCUUUAUUUUUAAGGGUUUAUGAUGGAGCAGUCUAUAGACACAUAGUACAUGAUUAUUGUUUUUGCGUGGUUUUAUCUUCUUCAUACCAUUUAUAUAUUACAUAUCAUUUCCUUUCUUUAAAUGAAGACCUGACAAUGUACAGCAUCUUGGAAUUAUUAUUU